UCAAAUUCAAAUAAUCUGAAGUGCUGGUUGUGGUGACAUCGGUUUCUUCCGGAUUGCAAAUGAUGCUCUAUACAACGGAGAUGCCAACCGGAGAUUACGAAUUCCUGUGUGAUAAGGAGAGUGUUAAUUCAUUUGGAGCAGCACUGAUGCCCAGCUUCUACAUGAUCGUUUUAAUGCUGAGUAUCGUUGGAAAUGGAUUAGUUUUACUGGUGCUUGUGAAAUAUGAAUAUCUAAAAAGCAUUACAAAUAUAUUCAUUCUUAACCUUGCCAUUUCAGAUUUGCUUUCGGCUAUUUGCCUCCCUUUCUGGGUGGUCCAUCAUUUAAAGGGAUGGAUCUUUGGUGUGGUCAUGUGCAAAUUAACGAGUGGUAUGUUUUACAUCGGUUUUUACAGUGGCAUAAUGUUCUUGACACUGAUGACAAUUGACCGGUACCUUGCGGUUGUUCACGCUGUCUCUGCUGCCAGAUCUAGAAAAGUUCGCUAUGCAACGGUCACAAGUGUGAUUGUCUGGCUGACCAGUACAUUAGCAACCGUCCCUGAUUUUAUCUUUGUUGACUUAGAUGAAGAUCCCGAGAGGGAAAUCUGUGACAACGUUUACCCGUAUGAUACAGCAGUUCCAUGGAAACUGUUCAGAUAUUAUCAACAAAAUAUAGUGUUCUUUGUCCUUCCAUUCAUUAUCAUAGUGUACUGCUAUUUUAGGAUAAUUCAGACAUUGGUAAAAUGCAGAACAGUGCAGAAACACAGGACACUACGAGUUAUAUUCACCAUUGUAGUGGUAUUCUUCUUAUGUUGGGCACCUUACAAUGUAGUGAUCUUCUUAAGAUCUCUGGAGGAGAUUCAGCUGCUGCAGUUUGAGAGCUGUGAUUUGGAGAUGCAACUGGAUUAUGCCCACACCAUCUCUUACACCGUGGCUUAUUUCCACUGUUGUCUCAAUCCCAUUUUUUAUGCCUUUGUCGGAGAAAAGUUUAGAAGACACUUGAUUCACUUCUGUGACCACUAUUUGCCAUGUGGUCUGCUGUUUCACCAGCGGCAUAAUGUCACCAGGAAUGUCCACAUGGAAUAUUCUGAUGGUUCCAUGGGUAAUGAUACAACAAAUAACUGGUAG